CCCUUCCAGCUCAAAAAUCCUGGAAAUUUCCUCUGAACUACUUCAAUCCGCUGACAAUAUAUUCACUCCCCCCUUGAUCAAGCGACAUAAGGACCUUGACUCCCUGGUUGGCUGAUACCUGGGCUCAAAUCUCUUCAAUCCCGAUCAGGAAUACGCAUCGCUUGGCACGGCACCAUAUUGCAACAAAGUCACACAAAAAUCGCCAUCCAAUGGAUGUUCCACGAAAAGACGCGUUCCAAUUCGUCCAGUUGUCUCAUCCGCAAGAAGCGGCGUCGUGGAAGCGUCAAGUCCGGUCCCACGCGGCCAAGAAUGCUCGUGCCCGCCAGCGGAGGGUUUUUCAAUAUCAAGAAGACAAGCUGAAAGAGACUUCAAAGCUACGCUCUACAAAGGCUGCUGGCCAUUUGGAGCACUCCCAGAAGCCCAAUUCCCCUGUGGCUGGCUCCAUUGCAAUGGCGCUCAGCGCUGCGAGAACCGACCCCUUCGACACCUUCGCCCGCAAGGUCACAAAAUUCGAAAGCUUUCUUCUCGACCACUUUGUGAAACAUGUAGCGCUGCAUGUCGUCACCUGCUAUCCCUUAAGAAGUCUCUCAGAAGAAACCGAACUUCGCACGGGAAUGUCAACACAUUGGGUCCACAUGGCUGCACAAGACCCCGGAAUGCUUGCUAUUCUCCUCCUUUCGUCGUGCCGAAACCUCUCCAACUUUCAACACAAAGAGUACUAUGCCAGAAUUGCAUUGCAUUACAAGGGCCAGUGCAUCGCAACUCUAAAGGCAGACCUGGAAAAAGAAGGUGACAUGGUCAGCGACGCCACAAUCACUAAAACUCUCGGGUUGGCAUCUGAGGCUACGCUGACCGGUGACUACGCCGCAGUGCAACAGCAUUCACAGGCCGCUGAAAAGAUGGUGUCAAUGAGGGGAGGGCUUGAGACACUAGGUAUGAGUGGGUUUUUGAGAAAGCUCAUCACCUGGUUCAUCCACGAGCCAGCUCGAAAUGGUAACGGAAAACGUCUACUGAUUCCUACAUGUAUUGAAUCGGUAUCCACGACUGUUACUGGCUUUGUGGACGCUGGCAAUGAGUGAAGAUCCGCAGGAAACAAUCGCGAUAUACCUAGGCAGUAUUGUGAUAGUGCCGAUUGGUGUACUAGAGUUGAAUUACAGCAGCAUUUUUUUUUCUUAAUAUUCCUAUUUUCUUAUUAUAUCCCAGAGCACUUAAUGAAAUAUUUCCAACCCUUAUGUAAACUAUUUUCUCAGCCGAUCUCAGCUCAAGGCCUC